AUGGCAAGUGGCGUAAUAUCAGAUGAGCAUACGUUAGAAGUUGUGAGAUUCCCUUUGACUAAAUUGAGAGUUCCUGAAAGUAUUGAAUAUAAUCAGGAUCUCGAAGGAUAUUUAUCACGUCAAGAAUUUUUUGAAAAAAUUCAAAUAUUUAAUUCAAUCUCCCUCAAAUUAUCAAUAAACAGAAUGAUCGUACAAAUACCUCUUGUAUUCGUCAUAACAACAUUUGUAUUAAGUGUUGUGGCGGUGAAAACUUUAGGUCCUUUCGCUGAUGAACAACAAAUUAUCAUAGGGAUCGUGGUAGUUAUAUUUUUAAUAUCGGCUAUGUUUAUAUUUUUCAUUAUUCACCAGAAAAGAAAGCACACCAAUUCUCUAUCAAAAUUAAUACGAGAAUUCAAUAAAGAAGAUAAUAAACGUAAUGUUAAUUGGAAAUUGUAUAAAGAAUUGCAAAGCCGUGUUUCAUAUUUUAAAUUUUCUAAGAUUAAAAUGUACUUGAUAAUUGAAAUAGGAUUACCCCCUGCAUAUCAAGUAGAGAGUGCUCACAUCAUUAUUCAUGAUAAUAUAAACGCUGUGCGUAACGUAGAAGAUUCUCCACCAUACGAAGAAUUUUCAUCAUUCAGUCGUCCUAAUGCUAACAUUUCAUUACCUCCUCCUUUUAAAGAGGCAAAAUGGCCUUUCAAAAAUAGCAUUCGAAAAAGUUCAGGUUCUACGAACACUGGUGCUUCUGCCGGUAUAGGCGAAGCAUGCGCCAAAGAAUUUGCAAAAGUUGGCUCAAAUUUGAUUCUAACUGCACGUAGAAUCGAUCGCCUGAAUGAACUGAAGCAAUUUCUUUUAUCCGAACACCCAAAAUUAAAAAUUUAUACUCGUCAGUUGGACGUACGCGAUAAAUCUACUGUUGAUCAAUUGGUUUCAAGUUUACCUAGUGAUCUAAAGGAUAUUGAAGUUUUGGUUAAUAACGCUGGACUAGUUAAAGGAAUGGAUAAAAUUGAGGAUGUCUCUUCUGAUGAUAUUGACACUAUGAUUGAUACAAAUGUUAAAGGAUUAUUAUAUGUAACUCAGGCUGUACUUCCGAGAAUGAAGGAGCGUCAAAAAGGCCAUAUAAUUAAUAUUGGUUCCAUAUCAGGAAAACAAGUUUAUGCUAGUGCUGGUGUAUAUUGCGCAACAAAACACGCUGUCAACGCAAUUUCAAGGACAUUACUUUAUGAAUUGGUGGAUACGCCCAUCAGGAUCACGGAGAUAAAUCCUGGCAUGGUAGAAACAGAAUUCUCUUUCGUUAGAUUUGAUGGAGAUAAAUCGAGAGCUGACAAGGUUUAUGAAGGCAUUACACCAUUGACUGGUGAAGAUAUUGCCGAAACUGUGGUAUUUGUAGCAUCUAGACCCGAUCAUGUUAACAUUUCAGAUGUCACAAUGUAUCCUGUUAAUCAG